GCAGGUCCCACCUUCCCAGGUCGCAGCCCACGCGCCGCGCGCUGCGAACUACACUUCCCGACAGGACGCGGUCGCGCGCACGCGCACCCGGGCCUCCGCCAUGGCGACCGUGCUGUCCAGGGCGCUCAAGCUCCCGGGGAAGAAGAGCCCAGACCUAGGGGAAUACGAUCCCCUUACUCAGGCCGACAGUGAUGAGAGCGAAGAUGAUCUUGUACUUAACUUGCAGCAGAAGAAUGGAGGGGUCAAAAAUGGGAAGAGUCCUCUGGGAGAAGCACCAGAGCCUGACUCAGAUGCUGAGGUUGCAGGGGCUGCCAAGCCACAUCUUUCAGAAGUCACCACAGAAGGGUACCCCUCGGAGCCUCUGGGGGGCCUGGAGCAGAAGGCGACCUCUUCCCUUGUGUCCUACAUACGCACAUCUGUCUUCCUGCUAACCUUGGUGAUCUCAAUGAUCUUGGUGCUCCUCUGUGCUUUCCUGAUCCCCUGUCCCCCCAGAGACCUGCACAGCACUUGGAGCCGCCACUUGGGCUCACAAGCAGGUGGGGACCUGUCUCCACUGGAAYUGGCUGAUGUGAAUGGAGAUGGCCUGCGGGAUGUGCUUCUCUCCUUUGUAACAUCAAGGAAUGGGAGUGCAGCAGGUAGCUCCAGAUCAACUGCUAAUCUCGUGUGCCUUUCGGGAAUGAAUGGCAGCACACUGUGGUCCAGUCCCCUCCCAGAAGAGGCCCAAGAUAUCACAUGUUUGGAUCUCAUGCCAGGAAGUGUGGCUGAAAUCAUCUGCCUUGUGACAGGGACACGCAAGAUGCUCAGUGCAUUCAAUGCAACAUCAGGAAAAGCCAUCUGGACUUUAAACCCAAAUUACCUGUCCAACGGUACCUUGGCUGCCCCAGUGGUGUUGCUGCCAGACUUGGAUGAGGACCAUGUCAGAGAUCUAGUGGUUCUGGCCAUUGGGGAAACACAGCCAGAUCUGUGCUUUCUGCUGGUGUCUGGCCGGACGGGGAGUCCAAUAGGCCGACCCGUGAAGUACAACAUUGUGGGAGUAGGGAAUCUGAUUGGUCCUCAGGUUUACAUCWCUGCAAAUGGAGCCGUCUACAUCCUGUUUGGCUUUGGAAAUAUACAAGCUGUCGCCCUGCGGGACAUUUUUGUUCAGGCCCAAAAUCGAGACAGCUCACCACCUUCUCUGCAGAUAGAAGAGCCAGAAUGGGAGAAAAGAAGAUCCAUCAACUUGUCUGAGCUCAUUGACGUGUACAGUGAUGGUGUUGAACUACUCCAGAUGGUAAAGGCGCCAGAUUCCAACUGCAGCAAUCUCCUGGUUACAACCAGACAAGGCCUGGUAUUGCUUCGGGGACAAAACCUUACACCUUACUGGACACUGAGCCUUCAAGGCCUACGUAGCCAGCCUACUCCUGGGUAUUUCACUGAUGAUCAAACAUUAGACUUCCUUCUGCAGAUACAGGAUGGACUUGGGAUGAAAAAGAUGAUGGUGAUAGAUGGUGACUCUGGCUCCAUCGCUUGGAGUUACAGUGCUCCAUGUCACAUGAAAGAUGCACCGACCACCUCAGCAGUUACUUCAGACCAGAAGUCCGUCUUCCUCUUCUGGGCUGAAGGGCUGUCACCUGCCUCUCCCAAUUCUGAUGCCCUCAUGGGAGCUGAGCCACCCAGCCUCCACCACCUAUACCUCCUGCACCCAGCUUUCCCCUCCAUCUUCCUGGACCUGACCAACACCUCGGGCACAGUGACGGCCUCAGAGGUUGGAAUCAACGACCUCUGGAAAGAUGCCUUUUAUGUCACCAGGACAACAGGGACAAUCUCUGAAGGGCAUCCAGCACCCCUGGUGGUCAGCAAACUUAGUCUGCGGUGGGCAUUGAUGGAGGGCCAAAUGGUUCAGCUGAAGGAGACCACCCCCAAAAUUGGCCGUGGGGAGCUGAGAAGAUUCCUUUCUAGGAUAAAAUUUGUUGAUUCUCCCUACCAGAUCUAGUCUGAUGAAAUCUUCGGUUUCAGAAGAGAUAAACAGAACAGGUCCCUUCUGACAGUGUAAAAGCAGUUCUUUGGAAAGAAGACAACUUUGGCCUCAUUUUAGUACUCGUUUGUGAUCCUUGCACUUUGGAAGGCCUGUUGGAGCUUUUUGAUAACAGCAUGAUUCGCUUGGCUGGGGUAUCUUACCACCUUUCCAAUCCUUGUAUUAAUCCCCUCUAGGAAGUCAGUGUGGAGAAUUUGAAAAUGUGAAUCUUAUAGAUGUAUUAUUAUUUUGUAUGUCUAAUUUAUAAACUGUUGCUGGGAAAUCCAGUGAAGAUGAUGGCUAGGAAAUAUUUUGUUUCACAUUAUGCUAUUUGUAUUUUUUAAUGUUGUGGUGAUGUCAUUUUCCAGACAUUCCCUAAGAUUCAGGGAUCCCAUUUCCUGUCCUCCUGAAAUACAUCUGGUCUGGUCAUCUUGAGACUUCCAGAUGGCCCAACUCCGAUUUUGAGGAUCAUUCAUCUUUCUCUCCUUCCACUUUUACCACUUUUACCAUGGCUACUUCCCUCCUAACUCUAGAGAGCAGUGAUACAGAUUGGUAGUGGAGGACUGUUAGCCGUGUCAUGUUUUCAUCAAUGCCUUUCCUAGAUUUGUCAUCUACAUCAAAGUGGCCAUAAGAAUAAAUGUCCCUAUCACAAUGGGAGCAAGAAAAAUAUGGUUUCAAUGACCCACCUCUGACGAGGUCUAUAUGUGGUGUUGUAUGGGGUAUCAAUGGCYCUGCCAUUUGUGGUUCUUGUUGCUGCAGUAACGUCAGAGGGUAUAUGUGUCUGCUGUCUUUAAUUCAGACUUGGAAGCCAGGUCCUGGGAGGCCUGUGUCCUUGUCCUGCUGCAUUUUCACUCUGCUUUCUUAGAAUCUUCUCUAGAACAUCCUCCUCCUCUUCCCUCCCCUGGCUCUCUCUAUUUUAUUCAGGGAUAUGUUCUGGACUUCCUUUGCUACUUGAGUCCAGUGUGCAACCCCUCUGCCCUGCACUUCUCCUUCCUGUACAGCCUUUGAAGCAUUGUAUUUUGAGAAAAUUCUUAUGUAAAUACUAUAACUUUUGUAAAUGCUUAAGUUCUUCAGAAUUAUCUCCAGUGCUUACUUCCCCUUUCUUCUAUGUAAAUUUGUUGCCUUUAUUUAAAAUUCUAAACUUCUAGGCCAUUGUCAUUGUCUGUAUAGCAGAGAAUUCCAUUAAUAGCUGAUGGAAAAAUGUUUUUCUUCUUAACUUUGAUARGUCUGCCCUGAAAAUCAGGUUCUCUCCUUGCUUGGGCUUAUAUCUUUCUAGUUUGUAUUAAUUAAGGAGCUCCAGGAAAGUAUGGAUUCCAGGUUUAAAGGGAUACCUGUUAGUCGUCCAGGGAUAGUUAUUGUGACAUAACUGGAGGUUGGCAGCAAUAAAUCCAAGCAGGCUCAUCAUGUGACCUGUGUACUGUCUGGCCUGUAGCUUGGCCUCAAUAGGUUUCUAGGUACCGCUGCCUUAAGACCCAGAAAGCAUAUUCGAUUUCAAUACUUUCUUUGGAAGUAUGUGUGUCCAACUGACUCUUUGAAGGAAUAAUGAAGAGGAUACCUGGGUAUGGAGGUGAUCCCAGAUUCAAAAUUUAAAUCUACUUGAGUGUAAAUGCCUAUAAGUAAUUUUUAGUAGACUGAACCCCAAAAUGUGUUGUUCCUGUGGCUUGCUGAGCCACCUAGACAUAACUACCAUGUUGAGGYUUUCUGGGAAGCCAGCCAAUAUAGUAAACAAUGCAAAGUUGUUUACUGGGGACUUGUUUUGGUGGGAUUGUUUCAGCAGAGGACUGUGUUUGUAGAGUGUGAGUCUCAGACACAGAUAAGAGGAAGAAUGACGUUGCUGAAUUCUCCUUGGUGUUUUGGGAGCUAACUUCUUACAAGUUUGAAUCUUUGCUUGCUAAAUGCAAUGAAAAGUUCCACGUUUACUUCCUCUUGUAGCUAGUACAUAAGGAUAUCAGUACUGGCUGGAAACUGACCAAUGUGGGUGCUGGUCUCUUGUCAAAUGUGUCCCUAAACUUCCUUCUUCUUGAAGACAGCCAUCCACCCAGAAAUCCAAGAUAGGAAGUGCUCCUUUGUCUCCACAAUCCCAACAUGGGGGUGCCGGGCAAAGCCCAUACGACCACUAUUUAGAAGUAGUAAUGAUUUCUGCAAUGCGAGGGUCUUCCCUGCCUCUCAGUCUCCCUUCUCUCCUUCCCUUUGUAAACCCUCCCCUCUGUCCUCGACAACAUCCUCACCCUCUUCCAAUGUGUGGUCUGGUGAUACCAACUAACCCCAUGAAUGUGAAUUGCUAUCCUUAUUGCCCACAUCAAAGAUAAGCCUGCUGGUCUGUUGUCUAGAAAGACUAUUUAAA